AUGGGGCUUCGGCAUGAGAGCUGUGGUCAGGCCUGGAGGAGAAGCUCCUCCUCCCCUCGACAUCCUCCCUGCAGCCCUUGCUCUUCACCAGAGCCUCCUGACUCCCCAGGACCCCAGAGAGGACUGACCCUCUCCAGCCGACCUCUGGGCUCAGGACAGCUGGGUGGGGCAGCCACAGGAGCUGCCUGUAGGGAGCAGAGUCAGGAUGGGGACCGAGCCGGACACCCAUUCUGGAAGUGUCUGCACUUCCAGACUGCUGUCCAGACCCCCAAGCUAGCCCGCCAGGCCUCCAUAGAGCUGCCCAGCAUGGCUGCAUCCAGUACCAAAAGUUGGUGGGAGACGGGUGAGGUACAGGCUCAGUCUGCAGCCAAGACUCCGUCCUGCAAGGAUAUUGUGGCUGGAGACAUGAGCAAGAAAAGCCUCUGGGAGCAGAAGGGAGGCUCCAAGACCUCAUCAACAAUUAAGCAUUCCGGUCCCUGGAGGAAACAUCAGACAAACACAGAUGGAGGGACCUUCAAGGACUGACCUGAACUGUUCUUCGGUGUCAAACCCAUGAUAGACAAAAAGAGGCAGAGGAACUGUUCCAGAUUAAGGGAGACUAAAAAGGUAUGACAGCUGGAUCAGGGGAAACGUGCCUUAAAGGGCAUUAUUGGGACUGUUGGCGAAAUUUUAAGUGAACUGUAUAUUAGACAAUUAUCAAGGACUACACGAUUGUAUGGCAUCAACCUCAAAUUCCCCGAACUUGAGCACUAGAGUCUUCUUAUUCUGAUGGAAUAUGUUCUGAAAUGUUUAAGGGAGAGGAGAAGGAUGCCUGCAACUGAAUUUCAAAUGGUUCAGGGAAAGAUAAUAGAGUAGAAUAGACUAUAUAGAUGGAGAAAGUAAAUGCGGCAAAUAACAAUUGGUGAAGGUGGGCGAAGGGCAUGAAAGUUCUUUGCCUUACAAUUAAUUCUUCUAUAAGUCUGAAAUUAUUUGAAAAUAAGAGAAAUGCUUUCAGCUGUGAAUAACAGAAAGCCUGACUACUUGUGGCUUUUGCAAUAAAGACAUUUAGUUAUGUAACAUAACAGGAUUUAAGAGGAAGAAGGCAAGGACUUGAAAGGCUCAGUGAUGUAGCUGAGGCCCCAGAUUCCUUUUAUCAUUUUGUCCAAAGGCUCCACCUUCCUGAAUAUUACUGCUUUAUACCCU